AUGUUGUUAACUCUCACUCCCAAAACCCUAUCCUCUUCCUCCUCCUUCUCCUUCCCUCUCCCCAAAUCUCAAAACCCUAAACCCCCAAAUCCAUCUCGAUUCAAUCCAAUCUCCGUGAAAUCCCAACUCCAAACCGAACGCGGACUCGAAUUCGACCCCGGAGAAACCUUCUUCCGCCACGAGAGCGCCACAGGCCGCGACCUCGCCGUCCUCUCCGCCACUCUCCACAAACGCUCCACCAAAACCCUACGCGUCCUCGACGCGAUGUGCGGGUGCGGGAUCAGAUCCCUCCGCUACCUCGUCGAAUCAAACGCCGAUUUCGUCGUCGCGAACGACGCGAACGACUCAAAUCGGAGGGUGAUCACUGAGAAUCUGAGCAGAUUCAUUGAGAGAGGCGAAGGAGAGGAGAGGAGGUGGGUGGUGACGCAUGUGUUGGCGAACAAGGCGAUGAUAGAGAGGUAUAUGGUUGGUGAGUUCUUGGAUUUGAUUGAUGUUGAUUCGUUUGGGAGUGAUUCGGCGUUUCUGAGAGAUGCGUUUAAUGCGGUGCGGUUGGGUGGGUUGCUUUAUUUGACUUCUACGGAUGGGUACUCUUCUGGUGGUCACAGGCCGUAUAACUCCUUAGCAGCUUAUGGAGCGUUUAUUAGACCAAUGCCGUUUGGGAAUGAGAUUGGGCUGCGGAUGCUUAUAGGUGGAGCAGUUAGAGAGGCUGCUCUGCUUGGUUAUCAUGUUACGCCACUUUUCUCAUACUAUUCUUAUCACGGCCCUGUGUUUAGAGUCAUGCUUCGUGUUCACCGUGGGAAGCUACACGAGGACAGGAACUAUGGUUUUGUCACUUUCUGUCAUCUAUGUGGCCAUUCUGAUAUAAUAAGAUGGGAUGAACUUGGUCUGAUUGGAUGUCACUGCAGUGAUACAAAGGCUUCUUCUUCACUGGUGGUUUCAGGACCAAUGUGGCUUGGACCGCUUCAUGAUGGAUCGUAUGUUAAUGAAAUGCUGGAUCUAGCUAAGGAAUGGGGAUGGGUUAGUGAAGGUGUUGGCAUGGAUUUGGAGAAGCUUCUCAGCAUAAUGAUUGAAGAGAGCGAUCCAAGACUACCACCUGGAUAUUUCAAAAUGGAUGAGAUGGCGAGCCGUGCAAAGAUGAACUCACCUUCUUUGAAGAAGAUGAUGAGUGCACUUGUUAAGGAGGGAUACGCCGUUAGCCGAUCUCAUAUUAUAUCCAAUGGUCUCAAAACAGAUUGUCCCAUGUCACAGUUUAUAAAGAUUGCAAAAGAUGAACUGCAGAAAUAA